UUAUUUCAGUCAUCGUCCCGUGAAUCCGUGCCUCUGUAUUUUGUUAUCAUUUUUAUAUUUGAUAAGCGUAAAUUCUGUAAAUUGUUCUGGAAUCUGAAUUGUUUUUUUGUUUGACAUACGUUAAGUGUUUAUUCAAUUAUGAGCUAUCAAGAUGAAGAGGAGCAAAUCGGUUAUCAGGUGGGAUCUUUUCCUAAGGAUUUCGGUUACGGGAACUUUGACCAUGAGGACAGCAAUUCUCGAUUAGCUGAAGAUAAGCCCCGAAUUCUUCUGAUGGGAUUACGCAGAUCAGGAAAAAGCUCUAUCCAAAAAGUGGUAUUCCACAAAAUGUCACCGAACGAAACAUUAUUUCUAGAGUCAACUAAUAAGAUUGUCAAGGAUGACAUCAAUAAUAGCAGCUUUGUGCAAUUCCAAAUUUGGGACUUUCCGGGACAAAUUGACUUUUUUGAUCCUACCUUUGAUUCAGACAUGAUUUUCGGUGGUUGUGGAGCUUUGGUCUUUGUUAUUGAUGCUCAAGAUGAUUACAUUGAAGCAUUGGCUAAACUCAACCAAACUGUAACAAAAGCUCACAAGGUGAAUCCGAGAAUAAAGUUUGAAGUUUUUAUCCAUAAAGUGGAUGGAGUAAGCGAUGAUUUCAAAAUGGAAUCGCAAAGAGAUAUCCAUUCUCGAGCUACCGACGACCUGGCCGAUGCCGGAUUAGAAGGAGUUCAUCUAAGCUUUCAUCUAACAUCGAUUUAUGAUCAUUCGAUUUUCGAGGCAUUCUCCAAAGUAGUCCAGAAGCUUAUUCCGCAGUUGCCAACACUAGAAAAUCUUCUCAAUAUUUUCAUUUCGAACUCUGGAAUUGAAAAAGCUUUUCUAUUUGACGUGGUAUCUAAGAUUUACAUUGCCACAGAUUGCUCUCCAGUAGAUAUGCAAAGUUACGAACUAUGCUGUGACAUGAUCGAUGUUGUAAUAGAUCUGUCGUGCAUCUAUGGAUCCAAAGAUGAUCCCGAUGUUGCUGCCUUUGAUAACCAAAGUUCCAGUCUUAUCAAAAUGAACAACAGUACAGUACUAUACCUUCGAGAAGUUAACAAAUUUCUAGCACUUGUUUGCAUUAUUCGGGAAGAGAACUUUUCUCGCCAAGGAGUGAUAGAUUAUAACUUUUUGUGUUUCCGGGAAGCGAUCACCCAAGUUUUCGAACUCAGACUCAAAAAUCAAAAGCUGGAAGCAGUCGAACACAGCCAAGAUCAUGAAAGCGACUAUCAAGGCUCAAUUCCAUCGAAUGGCGGCACUUCGCAAACGUUGGAUCAACAUAUGAAUAAAACAGCUGUGGCUUAAUAAUGCAUGAUUGUUUUAGCUUUGACUUAGUUUCCGUAAUCAAUGUAGGCGUAUAAUAUAUAUUUUUUUACAUAUGUUGAAUAUUCUGAAUAAAGUUAUAUCGGUU